AUGGAUAAUAUACUGAAAGUUCCCGAGAUUGUCACUAACAUUGCCUCAUUUUUGUCCAUCGCAGAUUAUUUGAGUUUUCAACAGGUAAAUAAACAGGUUUAUACCAUUAUUAACGGCAAGAAUGAUUCAAAUUAUUGGUCGCUGAAAUUGACAAGGAUGGGCCUUAAAAGGGUGUAUUCAAAUGAAACAAAAGAUGUUAAUUUGUUGAAUGAAAACGAUGACGACAGUCCUCUCUGCAUAUUCGAAGUAUACAAGUCUUUCACUUCUCAAGAAUCUAAAAGAAUCUUCAAGAAAUUUUAUCGUUGUUACAGCUCAUAUGCUAGAAAACUAUAUAACAACAAUCUAGCAAAUUUCUUCCCAGCUUCAUAUUCCGACGAUCCCUUGAAGCAAACAAGAAUUCUGAAUUCUAUUAAACGCUACAAUUUUUCGAAUAAAAAUGAUAUGGAAACAUUUAGUAGGAUCGACACUAAUUUUAACAUUCUUAGGGAAAUUUUCAUCAACUCUGUUCUAAAAGAGACUGAACUGAACUAUCAGUCCAACAAUUUAGCUGCGGUAGCCCGUUUUAUGAAGAUUUUACUAACAUCCAAUGAAGAGAGUAACGCUAUCGAAUUUUUCAAGUCAAAGGCUGAUUUACCUCCUACUUUAACGAUUAUUCCUUCCAAGGACAGAUUAUUUUGGGAGGAGCAAACAAAUGAAAGUAGUGGGAAAGCGGUGGUUUUCAAUUCUAAAAAUUUGGAUGAGUAUUUCAAUCAAUUAAGGGAUUUUAUGAACGAAAAGAUCAAAUUAGCGGAUAUUUUAUUCAAAGACGAAUUUCCUGUCAUAUUACAAUUCAUCGAGUCUUUUAUUCAAGAUGUUCUAUUAGACAUUUUAAACAAUAUUUUAUUGAGUUAUAGCGAAUUUUUAAAAGCAAAUGGUAAGGACUGUAAAGCAAAUUAUGAAUGUGUACCAGAACUUUACUUCACAUUCAUAAAAAAGUUUGAUACCGAACUGAAUAACUCAGUAAACGCGGGCCCAACUUUCCAUAAAGUUGUUCACGAUCUUUUGAACCUAUACCUUGAGCCCUUUGUUGUUAACUAUAUGAACCAAACCACUAGAGUUUUUGAAUCGCUGAUCUGUUCACAAUUAGCUAAUUACGAUAUUCAAGUUCAAAACAAGGAACGAGAACAGAAUGAGAAACUAUACAAUUCCUUGAAAGGUCAGACGGAUGCUACGAGCACAGAUAACACAGUCUCAUCAAAUAACCAGUCAACAGUAGCUGAAAUUUCCAUUAAUGCCCCAGAUACAGACCCAAAAGGAAAAUCAAUUUCUCAAUUAGGUCAUUCUACUAAUAUUUCUGACGAUAAAUUAGAUUUUCUUAGUUCCUUUACCAAGAUCUUCAAAUUUUCUAAUAAUGAAAAUCAAAAAUUAAAGCAACAACUGCAGAUAGCUUACAACUUAAAUCUAAUAUCCAAUAAUCUGCAAAAUAUUAAAUCGUUGAUAAGUCUUGAUUUAUGUUACAAAAUUUUACACGAAACAAGCGAAAAGACGGAUGAAAUCUAUAAAUUCCAUACGAUUGAAAGCUUGCUACCGUUGAUCAAAUUGCGCUGUCAAGAGAUCUUUAAAAUCUUGAUUACUCAAUUGAAUACGAAUCACGUUAAACCUGCGUUUGAAAAGGCGAUCACGCUACUACAGAAAUACAAUCCUAACGAAAUAGAACAAAUAGAAAUAAAGUUCGACUCACUUUCUCCAGCCAAUACUCAGGUUGAACCUUUAGUACAGUUUACUGAAUUAAUUAAUAUAGGCGAUAUCAUAUUACAAAUGAUUUCUAUUUUUUACAAAAACGAGCUAAUUCCUAAGAAAAUUAUUGAUAAAAACAAAGAUUUUCUUAAUGACGUUAUUCAGUUAAAAAAAAACUUUGAGACUUCAAUCGAUGAUUUUGUUGCUGAAGGUUUGAAUAUUGGUAUAAACAAACUAAUGGAUGAAGUUUCAUUUGUUUUCAAGACUAUGCAGUUGCCUGAUGACUAUAACCCAUCGUUACCUUCUAUAAACUCUCCGAUAAGGGAUAUAAAACCAACCAAAUGUGCUGUCAGGGUAGUUGAAUUACUUUCCAACCAUUGUUUUCUUUUGACUGGCGCUACUGACAAGGGCACUAUUGACGUAUAUCAGCAAGAAAUUGGUGAAAGAUUCUUUAAUGAAAUCGUAAAACAUCUAAAAAAAAGCUUCAUAUCUACGGAGGGCGCCAUUUGGUUAAUCUGCGAUCUAAACUACUUUUAUGAUUUUAUUGCUAAUAAACUGAAACAAAAAAACGUUGUUCCCUACUUUGUUGGGCUUAAGUCUAUCGGUCAACUAUACAUUAUUUCGAGCAAGGACUCGAAAGAGUUAGGAAAGCUUAUUUCUGAUCUUGGAAAGUUCAAUGGCAUUUUUACGCAGGAAGAAAUUUACGAGUUUGUUCAAAGGAGAAGUGAUUGGGUUCGUGUACGAAAGGACGUUGAGAAGGUCAUGUACGGUCUAGGAAUACGUGAUUGCUGCAUUAUGUAA